AUGCAACAGAAUAAGGAAGAGGAAGACAACAGACCAGCUUUGGAGAAGUUUGGAACUGAUUUAACGAGCUUGGCGAGGGAAGGCAAAUUAGAUCCGGUGAUUGGUAGAGAUGAAGAAAUACGUCGUACUAUCCAGAUUUUAUCAAGGAGGACCAAGAAUAAUCCGGUACUUAUUGGAUCUGCUGGAACUGGUAAAACCGCGGUGAUGGAAGGUCUUGCUCAGCGUAUCAUUAAAGGAGAAGUGCCAGAAUCAAUUAAUAACAAGCAAAUCAUAACUUUGGACUUGGCUGGUAUAAUUAGUGGAUCCAAAUAUAGAGGUGAUUUUGAAAGCAAAUUGAAAGCUAUAUUGAAGGAAGUGGAAGAGAAGGCCGGUAGCGUUAUUUUGUUCAUUGAUGAGUUUCAUUUAUUGAUGGGUUUAGGAAAAGCCGAGGGAUCUAUAGAUGCUAGUAAUUUGUUGAAACCAGCAUUGGCAAGAGGUAAAUUGUCCAUGUGUGGUGCUACGACUAUUGAGGAGUACAGAAAAUAUGUUGAAAAGGAUGCCGCUUUAGCAAGACGGUUUUCGCCAGUGUUGGUGAAUGAACCAUCGGUUGAGGAUACGAUUUCCAUAUUGAGAGGAUUGAAAGAAAAGUAUGAGGUUCAUCAUGGAGUGCGGAUAACUGAUUCUGCAUUGGUUACCGCAGCGUUAUAUUCAAACAGAUACAUUACAGAUCGUUUUUUGCCCGACAAAGCUAUUGAUUUAGUUGACGAAGCUAGUUCCACGUUACGGUUGCAGCAUGAGUCCAGGCCAGAUGCUAUUGCCACGUUGGAUCGGUCCAUCAUGACCAUUGAGAUCGAGCUAGAGUCAUUGAAGAAAGAGGAAGAUCCAUUAUCCGUUGAUAGAAAAAACAAGUUGGAAGGAGAGUUGGAAGCGAAGAAGAAAGAAUUGCAACAAUUAACCGAGCAAUGGGAAUCUGAAAGAAAAGUGAUUGACAAUAUCAAGGAAGCUAAGGCCAAGAUUGAGCAGGCCAAAUAUGACUUGGAGCAAAGUCAAAGAAACAAUGAUUAUGCUACUGCGUCAAGGAUCCAAUAUGCAGAAAUUCCCGAAUUGCAAUCAAAGUUAUUGCAAUUAACGAAAUCUGAACUGGCUACCAAACCAACCAACUUGUUACACGACUCAGUGACGCCCGAUGACAUUGCGUUAGUUAUUUCGAAAAUGACAGGUAUUCCAGUGACCAGUUUAGUUAAAGGGGAAAAGGAUAAAUUACUAGAUAUGGAAAUUAUUUUGAAACAGGAAGUCGUUGGACAAGACGAAGCUGUUCAUGCGGUAGCAGAUGCCGUUCGUUUGCAAAGAGCCGGCUUGACAAAUGAAAAGAGACCUAUUGCAUCGUUUAUGUUUUUGGGUCCGCUGGGAACAGGAAAAACUGCACUUUCCAAAGCACUUGCACAUUUCUUGUUCAACGAUCCAAAUUCAGUAAUUAGAUUUGAUAUGUCUGAGUUUCAAGAAAAACAUGCCAUUACUAGAUUAUUGGGAGCACCUCCAUCAUAUGUCGGAUAUGAAGAAGGUGGGGAGCUUACGGAGGCUGUGAGGAGAAAGCCAUAUGCCGUUUUACUUUUUGACGAGUUUGAAAAAGCACAUCCUGACUUUAGUAAGUUAUUGCUCCAAGUUUUGGACGAAGGAGCGCUCACAGAUUCACACGGUAAAAAAGUUGAUUUCAAGAAUACGAUUAUUAUAUUGACAUCAAAUCUCGGCCAGCACAUUCUUCUUGAGGAUAAAAACCUGAGAGAGGAUGGUAAGGUUAGUAAAGAGGUAAAGGAAGCUGUUUUGGAGAAUUUGAAGAGACACUACCCCCCAGAGUUUCUCAAUAGACUAGACGAUUGUUUGGUGUUUAACAGGCUUUCCAAAAAAUCAUUAAGAGAGAUUUUGGCAAUUAGGUUAAGGGAAAUUGAUGAUAGAUUAUUAUCCAAGCGGAUCCACCUCGAGGUAUCGGAAAAAGCCAAGGACAUUUUAAUAACCAAGGGGUACGAUCCAGCAUAUGGUGCUAGACCUCUUGCGCGAGUUCUUGCAAAAGAGAUAUUGAACCCAUUAGCAAAGAUGCUUAUCAGUGGAGAAAUCCAAGAAGGCGAAGCUGUGAGAGUUGUUGAUGAGAAAGGUAAAGUGAUUGUUGAGAAAAACCACACCGAAAAGUCGGUUAUUGAGAAAGAAGAGGGAAAAGAGGGGGAGGAGUAG